AAACCGGAAUAUCUGUGGCCAAGGCCACGGUGGACAAGUUGCUGAAGGGGUAUGACAUCCGUCUAAGGCCUGAUUUUGGAGGUGCCCCAGUCAUCGUAGGAAUGAGCAUCAACAUCGCUAGCAUUGACUCCAUCUCAGAAGUGAACAUGGAUUACACCAUCACAAUGUAUUUCCAGCAAAGUUGGCGAGACAAGCGGUUGGCAUACGCUGAGCUGCCCCUCAACCUGACUCUGGAUAACCGCGUAGCAGACCAGCUGUGGCUCCCAGACACCUACUUCCUCAAUGACAAGAAGUCCUUCCUGCAUGGCGUGACAGUGAAGAACCGUAUGAUUCGACUGCAUCCUGAUGGCACCGUGUUAUAUGGGCUCAGAAUAACCACCACAGCAGCUUGCAUGAUGGAUUUGAGGAGGUACCCCCUCGACGAACAGAACUGCACCUUGGAAAUCGAAAGCUAUGGGUACACCACAGACGACAUAGUGUUCUACUGGCACGGAGGGGACAAUGCGGUGACAGGGGUGGACAAACUGGAGCUUCCCCAGUUCUCCAUCGUGGCGCUUCGGCUGGUGUCCAGGGAGGUCAGGUUUACCACAGGUUCCUAUCCCAGGCUAUCACUGAGUUUCAGGAUUAAGAGGAACAUUGGCUACUUCAUCCUGCAGACAUACAUGCCCUCCAUCCUGAUCACCAUCCUAUCCUGGGUCUCCUUCUGGAUCAAUUACGAUGCCUCUGCAGCUCGGGUGGCCCUUGGUGUUACAACGGUGCUCACCAUGACAACCAUUAACACCCACCUUAGGGAGACCCUCCCAAAGAUCCCGUAUGUGAAAGCCAUCGACGUCUACCUCAUGGGCUGUUUUGUGUUUGUGUUCCUGGCCCUGCUCGAAUAUGCCUUCGUAAACUACGUGUUCUUUGGCCGGGGCCCCCAGCAACAGAAGAAAAUCCACGAGCGGCUGAACAAAACCAACAACGAGCGCCCGCGAUACGAAGAGAAGCGCCUGAGAGAACAGGACUCCAUUGCCACGCCGUUUCAAACCAACACCCUCAGGUCAUAUACACAGAGAAGAAAUCUGUACCUCGAGGAGCAAAGAAAAGUUGGGGUGGACGCAUACGGGAAUAUCCUGCUCACCACGCUGGAGAUGAAUAACGAGGUGAUGCCGUCAGAUGUGGGAAGUAGCGUCAGUGACUCCCGGAAUUCAGUGAUGUCAUUCGACAGCUCCGGGGUCCAGUUCAGGAAGCCCAUGGCUCCCCGGGACGGCUUCAGCCACCACUCACUGGACCGCAGCGCUAUGCGCAGCAGGGCCAACUGUCGGCUACGACGGCGCUCCUCCAAGCUCAAGCUGAAAAUCCCCAAUCUGGCAGAUGUCAGCACCAUUGACAAAUGGUCCCGGGUCCUUUUCCCCAUCAUGUUUGGAUUUUUCAACCUAAUCUACUGGUUGUACUAUGUGAAUUGAUGUGCAUCCCACUAGGAAUCAUGGGCCAUAUUUUGAGAGCACAUUAAAUUGGCUUUGAUACAGUUGGAAAAUAUGUAUACACAUAUACAAGUUGAUACAUACAGUAUGUAUAUGCAUAUUUCUAUAUAUUAUAUUUAUAUAUACACGUGUGUGUGUGUGUAAAUCUGAAGGACUUUUCUCCUGUAUAAAGUAUUAUUAGAAUGACUUGAAUGUUUAAGAAUAAUUUCAAGCCUUUGAGUUUCCUUUUCCUUGUGAAACAAACAAACUAGCAAAGAAACAAACGAACUAACAACCAUCAGAUCCCUUUGGGGGAUUUUGGAACUAAAGACUGCAUGAUAUUUUUGCUAAAAAAGAAAGCGAAAGCUCUUGAGAGAAGAGAUGUCUCAGUCUCAUUGGCUUUUUAUUGAUACUCCGUAAUCGGCGUCCUCUACUGCAGCUCAUCAAAUCAGGUGACUCGUGUGUUCAGGCAUCGGCUGAGUCAAGUCCCUAAUAUCCAGCCCC